GGUUCAUCAUCUGUGCGCACGAGACCCCAUAAAACAACCUUCACGGUCUCUGCAGUUGGGUUCUUCACUCAACAGGACAAAGCCAUGAAAGCCUGAAAAUGGAUGAAAAAGGCGAGAUGCAUUUUGACAAACCCUGCAACUUCUGCCAUACUGAAACCAGCAUGAUUCCACAUAAGCUGAAGACUUCAGAGAGGAGUUAUUAGCUACAUAAACUGUGAGGAUGAAGUGAUUAUUGAUGAUGACGUUAUGAAAUAACCCCACAAACAGCGCAAGUUGAGAAUGGCGUAUCACCACUUUAUACCGGCCAGUCCUACUGACCUCACUAUUAGUUCGAUGCUUGGACAGCAGUCCCAGUUUUUUCCUGUUGGAUACGGGAAACAGCUUGCGAACGUGCUCCAUAACUCGGUUCGUCUGGCGCGCAAAGACGCCGCGUCUCCAGCGCACCUCUCUGUGGAGACCAGAGACCCUGGACUUGCACCUGAGGAUGACCCCGUGGUUCACCUGGAAGGCAAGGAACUGUGGGGGCAGUUUCACAGAAGCGGCACGGAGAUGGUAAUAACAAAGUCUGGAAGGAAACAGGUGAUGCAUCAGAGGUGUGAUGUGGCACCGAAAAAAGCCAAUGUGUUCACAGACGACUCGUCUUUUGUCCUAAGUUCAUCAAAUCCCUUAAUUCAAGAAACGAAUGUCGUUACAUCAACUUCAACAGAUACGAAUGAGAGUGACAUUGAUGGAUAUGGAGAUGAGAAGGAAAGCAAUGAAGAUGGAAAGCAUUCGAUUUCUCAAGAUGAGCAAAAUUCCACAGAAAUCUCAACAACGGUGCAGGAGUCCAAGGGCAUUACAAAAGAGGAGAUACAAGGAGAAAGGAAAAUGAGGGUCAACUGCAAAGAAAAGCAUAGUAAAGAGGGUACUGAACAUUUAACCUUGGAUAGAAAACAUGCUGAACAACACAAGUUUGCAGAUGAUGUGACUGACGUUUCUCAGAAGGCUUCGCUCACUCGGCACUAUUGCAUCCCCACUCCUGGCCUAAUUAAUUCUCUGUGUGUGCCGCCACAUGUCUUGUCAAAUUUAUGCCAGUUUAAUUAUGUUGGAACACUUCCGUUUUUGGCAUCUGAAACAACUGGUCCUUGGUUAUCUAGAAGGUCAAAUGAAGGGGAGGGUCAAGAUUACACCACUUCAGUUCCAUCCUCACAACAAAGAUUUAUUGGCAUGCAGCAGCACAGAACAACCUCUCAGGUAGGUUGA